UCCCACCCACAGUCUCACAAAUGUGUUCACCCCUGGUUCUCAUGCCUGUUGAGUCUUCCAGGGAGUCACAACAGCGACAACGGCGACGACGACAACAUGCCUGUGGACUACAGUGGGACGUGGGACAUUGUGAGCAAUGUCAAUUUUGAGGGAUACAUGGUUGCACUGGGCAUUGACUUUGCAACACGCAAGAUUGCCUCCAUGCUGAAGCCUCGGAAGGUGAUUGCACAAGACGGAGAUUGUUUCACAAUCAAGACGUUCACUACGUUCAGAAACUAUGACUGCUCCUUCAGAACUGGAGAAGAGUUUGAAGAGGUCAUGUCAGGAAUGGACAACCGCUUGUGCCUGACUGUGGUGACGUGGAACAAUGACAAGUUGGUGUGUGUCCAGAAAGGAAAAAAGAAGAACAGAGGAUGGUCACACUGGAUUCAGGGAGACGAGCUUCACUUGGAACUCACCUGUGAAGACCAAGUCUGCAAGCAAGUUUUUAAAAGGACCGUGUGACAUUAAAAGAGCUCCAACAUGAAAAAACAAGUCCUGCAAACAUUUCUUUGUGGAUGAAUAUGCAUCAAUAUGUUAUUAAAGUUCAUCAAAGGA